AUGGAAGAUUUAUGGAAGAGAGCGAAGGUGUUUGCAGAAGAAGCAGCGAAGAAAUCCCAAACCCUAACCACUUCUUCGAACAAGAUCGCCGAUUUAGUCGCUGAAACCGCCAAGAAAUCCAAAGAAUUUGCCUUUGAAGCCUCCAAAAAAGCUGAUGAGCUGAAAGUCGCCGCUCUUAAACAAGCCGAUCAGAUCCAAAUCAAGUCCAUUUCCGAUAUCAUCCCUCCUCAGCUGUCCUCUCUCUCCAUCGUCAAUGCUAAUGCCUUCUCUUCUUCAUCUUCUUCUUCGGGGUCUGUUGUUUCCGAUUCGGAGCUCCGGAAGUUUGGCGUUACAGAUGAUCUGAGAGAUUUUGUUAAAGGGUUGACUUCUAGUACUUUCCAGAACUUUCCGAUUCAAGAUGAAGGAGAGCCAUCUGAUGUGGAGACAACGGAGUCAAAUGUACGGAAGGAUCUUAGUGAAUGGCAGGAGAGGCAUGCUACUCUUGUUCUCACCACUGUUAAGCAAAUUUCAAAGUUGCGAUAUGAGUUAUGUCCGCGUGUGAUGAAAGAAAGGAGAUUCUGGAGAAUUUAUUUCACACUUGUCAGCACUCAUGUUGGGCCGUAUGAGAAGCAGUACAUGGAGGAGGUUAAGCGCAAAGCGGAGGAGCAGAUAAAAGUUGAAAAAGAAAAGGAAAGUGCUGUGGUUGGGGAGAAUUCUUCUAAAUCAGAAUCAGCAGAUAAGAACCUGAAAACUAAGACAUCCUCAGCUGAGCAGGACUUGGACUCAUUUCUUUUGGGAGAUCUUGAAGACAGUGAUGGGGGUCCAGAUGAUGGUGAUGGGAGCUUUGAUGAUGAUUUUGACAAGAUUGAUAAUUCUGAUAUUGAAGAUGAGAAGCAUUCGAAGAAGGCCACAGGUACUACAGACUAG